AAGAGACACCGGACCGUUCGUUAAGAGACACCGGACCGUUCGUUAAGAGACACCGGACCGUCCUUUCAGAGACACCGGAUCGUUCGUUAAGAGACACCGGACUGGUCGUUAAGUUAAGAGACAAUUGGUCGUUAGGAGACAUCAGGUGAACAGCAGGAACCGGAUCACUCCAUCAUGGCCUCUCAGAACAUGGACCCCGCAGCGGGUGCAGCUUCCUCCACAGCCGCUCUGAAGGGCAGCGAGAGCGGUGGCAGCGCGGCCAGAGGCUCGGUGUCCAAACGGCUGCAGCAGGAGCUCAUGACUCUGAUGAUGUCCGGUGAUAAGGGGAUCUCAGCGUUUCCAGAAUCAGAUAAUCUUUUCAAAUGGAUCGGAACCAUCAACGGAGCUCAGGGGACGGUGUACGAGGGCCUCAGGUACCGCCUGUCUCUGGAUUUUCCCGCCGGUUAUCCGUACCAGGCUCCUCGUGUGAAGUUUGUGACGCCGUGUUUUCAUCCCAACGUGGACGAGAACGGCUUCAUCUGUCUGGACAUCCUGAAGGAGAAGUGGUCGGCGCUGUACGACGUCCGCUCCAUCCUCCUGUCCAUCCAGAGCCUGCUGGGAGAACCAAACAACGAGUCGCCUUUAAACACGACGGCCGCCGAACUGUGGGACGAUCAAGAAGCUUUUAAAGCUCAUCUACAUUCGACCUUCAAGGAGUGAAGCAGCUCCACAUUUUCUUCUUCUUCUUCCUCCUCCUCUUCUUCAUCUCCCUCUGUCUGUGUUACGUCUGUUUGUACAGUAUUUUUAUGUUAAAUAAAGUUCUUAAUUCAA